GUCCAUUUCAUUCUCCUUGGGUCCAGUCAGCAGGGGAAAGAGAGGAUGAAGCUCCUGUUCGCAGCCGCCUUCGCACUGUUUGUGCUGUCCACCUUUGAUCAGGCGGACUCCUCAGCCUAUGAUAAAAUUGUGGCCCACAGCCGCAUCAGGGCCAAGAAGGAGGGCCCUAAUGUCUGUGCUCUGCAGCAAGUCAUGGGGACCAAGAAGAAGUACUUCAGCACUUGCCGUAAUUGGUACCAAGGGGCCAUCUGUGGAAAGAAAGCGACCGUGCUGUAUGAGUGCUGCCCGGGCUACAUGAAGCUGGAUGGCAUGCGUGGAUGUCCUGCAGUGAUGCCAAUUGAUAACGUGUACGGCACACUUGGAUUGGUGAAGGCUAUUACCACCCAAGACUACUCGGACCGUUCCCAACUGAGGGAAGAGAUUGAGGGAACUGGAUCUUACACAUUCUUUGCCCCCAGCAACGAGGCUUGGGAUCUUCUGGAGCCAGAAAUAAGAAGUUCAUUGGUUAGCAAUGUUAACAUCGAGUUGUACAAUGCCCUGCACUACCACAUGAUCAACAAACGUCUGCUGACUAAGGACCUGAAGAACGGCAUGAUGGUCCCCUCCAUGUACAACGACCUCAACCUGCAGAUUAACCACUACUCCAACGGGAUCGUCACAGUGAACUGCGCCAGGAUCAUCCACGGUAACCAGGUGGCCACAAACGGCGUGGUGCACGUCAUUGACCGCGUCAUCACAGCCGUGGGGAGGACCAUCCAGGACGUGAUCGAGACAGAUGAUGACCUCAGCUCCCUGAUGACUGCCGCCUCUGCCUCUGGCCUGCUGGAUAAACUGGGCGAGCCAGGACACUACACCAUGUUCGCGCCGACAAACGAAGCCUUCGACAAAAUCAACAGCGAUAUCCUGGAGAGGAUCAUGGGAGACCAGAACGCUCUCCAAGCCCUGCUCAACUACCACCUGCUGAACACACUGCAGUGCUCCGAGGCCAUCAUGUCCGGGGCCUCCUACGAGACCCUGGAGGGCACCAACAUCGAGAUCGGCUGCGACGGCGACAGCGUGACCGUGAACGGCGUCAAGAUGGUGCUGAAGAAGGACAUUGUGACCAGCAAUGGUGUUGUCCACCUUAUCGAUCAGGUCCUCAUGCCAGACUCAGCCAAACAGGUGGUGGAGCUGGUGGGCACCUCCCAGUCGACAUUUGGCGACAUGCUGUUUGAGUUGGGUCUGGCCUCAUCCAUGAGACCUCAGGCAGAGUACACACUGCUGGCUCCCAUGAAUAAAGCUUUUACCGAUGAGGUGAUGGCCAUGGACCAGCGCCUGCUGAAGAUGGUCCUGGAGAACCACGUUCUGAAGGAGAAGAUUGUGCUCAGCCAGCUGUACAACGGCCAGCUUUUGGAGACCAUCUCCGGGAAGUUCCUCAGGGUGUUCAUCUACAGAACUGCUGUCUGCAUCGAGAAUUCCUGUCUGGUGAGAGGCAGUAAGGAGGGAAGCAACGGGGCACUGCACCUUAUGGCUGCCUUCCUCAAGCCAGCAGAGUUAUCCAUGUACAAGAUCCUCACGGACAACGGAAACUUUAGGAAAUUCCUGUCCCUGAUGGAGACUGCGGGCUUGACUGACUUGCUGAAGCAGGAGGGAGACUUCACCUUGUUUGCCCCGACUGACGAAGCCUUUGCUGGCCUGAGCCAACGUGACAUUGACAUGCUGACAAGGGACCCUAAUGCCCUGCGUACCAUCCUGCUCUACCACAUCACCAACGGCGUCUUCAUCGGCGGUGGACUCGAGACCGGCGUCACCAACCUCUUCAAGACACUGCAGGGAAAUAACCUGAAGGUUAUGCUUGUGAACAACACUAUGCAGGUGAACACCAUCAAGGUUCCGGAGUCUGACAUAAUGGCCACCAAUGGAGUUGUGCAUUUUGUUAAGAGCCUUCUAUACCCUGGAGAGAUGCCAGUUGGAAGCCAGGACCUUUUAACGCUACUGAGGAGGAUCAUCAAGUACAUUGAGAUCAGGUAUGUCCCUGGAUACCGAUACCAGGAGAUUCCACUGACGUUUAUGAAGAGGACCAUUACACGUGUUAUCGAAAGAGAGCCCGAGGUCACCAAAAUCACCAGGGUGAUUGAGGGUGAACCCACAAUCACCAAAGUUACAAGAGUCAUUGAAGGGGAGCCCACGUUCACCAAAGUGACAAGAGUCAUCGAAGGGGAGCCCUCAUUCACCAAAGUUACCAGAGUCAUUGAAGGACAGCCCUCUAUUACAAAGGUCACACGUGUCAUUGAGGGAGAACCAACCAUGACUAGAGUUGUUGUCUCAGGUUCUGAUGUAGAUGCAGGAGGUUUCGAGUUCUCCAGCAUCUCAAACAUUGAGGGUAACUCCCAGCUGACCGACGGAGAAUCAGACAGACUCACCAAAAUGAUUCAAGCGGGAUCAGGUGUGAGGCGUGUUCCUGUCAGAAGAGUUCAGAGCGGAACCAGAAGAAGAACCAGACUGGCUGAGCCCCAGGCGUCAGUAUAAGGAGUGCAAGGACAAUCUGGCCAAGAAAAUCCUGAGAAAGAAAAAUUGACUUCAGCUAGCUGAAGUGAAGAUCUGCAUCCACGCAGGCAAAAGGGCUUGCAGAUCGAACUUGUUUAACUGACCUAAAAAAUCGGAUUAAUUGUGUUGUCUCAAUGUAAUGCGAAUGCGAAAUGUGGUUCAAAAGUGGUUUGGUUCCAUCAAGUUAUCCAAGUAGUAUGUAAAUAUUGUAAACUGGUCCACUGAGGUUUUGCAAAUGAGGAAAGACUGUUCAGAUCACCAAGUUAAAGAAUAGACUGAUGACUAUUGUCAAAGACUGUCAGUAGAAGUCCGGCUAGGAUAUACCUCUGCAUGGUUUAUGGUGCUAUUUUGUUUGGAAAAAAAUGCUUCUUAAGAUAAUUAUUGGGUACAUUGUUUUUUGUUAUAAAUCCUUGACUUUUGCCAAGUUCUGCCCCACUAUCUUAUUUUCCCCCAAUAGUUGGGCUUUCUGCAUCCUUUCCUACAGCUGAGGUGUCUAUACAAAGGGUCCCUGUGGAGAUUGCAUUUCAACCUUUCCAUUAUGUUGUUGCUGUUGCUGUUACCUUGAUGUACACAGCUACACAACAUGUGUUAACAGUUUUGUUCCAAUGUUCACAAAGUGCCCAAUAAAACAUUUUCCUGGAGAUGA